AUGCCAACUAAUCUUCUGACUGGUUCCGAUGACUCGGACGAUGGUGUUUUGGAGCGGAGACCACCGAGGAGGCGAUUUUUCCAAAAGUCUGAGAGGGGAUCCAGACGUUUUCUGCUCGACAUCAGCUUUUGCCAUUGCCUUCUGCUCAGCAUUCUGUCAUUAUCGCUCAUUUACGUGGCAGUGAACACCUACACUUUGACGAAACGCUACGUGAAACUUCAAGAAAGCUUCGCUACUGUCACGCAACUGACAACUCGUAUGGAAACCCUCGAACUUGGCAUGAACAGACUACGCCUUGAAUUCGAUUUUUGGAAGGAGAACAGUUCGAACGAUACAACUACACAUGACACUACGGUCUAUGUCUAC